UUCGUGACUCCUCCCUGCACAAAACCGUUUCCUCCUUCUCCGGCUGUAAUGCCAUGGCGAUCACCGCUGAGCACAUUCGCGAGAAGCUGACCGCGGAAAUCGGUGCAGUGCAUGUGGAAGUGGAGGACACGUCCCCCAAUAGGUGUGCGGCGAGCUUCAAGGUGCUGGUGGUGUCGCCGCAGUUCGAGGGCAAGACGCUGCUGCAGAGACACAGGAUGGUCAACUCCUGUCUGGCUGAGGAGCUGAAGGAGAUCCAUGCCUUUGAGCAGAAGACGCUGACGCGGGAGCAGUGGGAGAAGCAGAAUGCUCAGUAGUGGAAGACCGAGCCUCAGACCAGCCCGACAUUGCAGUGCAAUGCUUUUCCUCGCCUGGAGGGGGCGCUGUGCUUAAGCGCUCAGUCAGAGUGAACAAUCACAGGUCCACUCCAGCCCCUCGUAUCUUUGCUGUGUUUUUGCCCCAUCAGCUUGGACUAGAUUCUGGGUGUGUAUGUGUUGGAGGUCGUAAUGGGGAGAUGUAACACAUUUUUGCCAACAUGGUAAAAGUUAUUUCUGUUUCUA